AUGGCCAACAUUUCUCAUGAUGGAAAUUACAGUUCAGGAACAAAGAAAGCGUCCGUGGUGGAGAAUCUCUCCACUAUGGAGGUGGAUGUAAAGAUGGUGCGUCAACGGCGGCUCGGUGUACAGAAUAAGGGGGCAAGCCGUGAGACCGUAUCUUCUCUAAUUUCCCGAUACCCACGUUCCGUCACACGCUCUGAGGAACAUCUUGAGGAGCGCUGGAAUCUGUGGAAUAGCAUCUUCAAAAACAACAGUGAGAUCAUAAACAUUCUGGAUUCCUUGGAGUCCUUUUUCCACUCCAGUGACAACAGCAAUCUGGAGAAAAACAUUUCCUUUCUGGUCUCUCUGGACCUUAACUCCAAGGACCUACACUGUUUGCUGACCAAAGCACCACACACUUUCUCCAACAGUGUGGAGUUAAACAGGAAGAUGAUUGAGCUCCUGCAUGGCAUAUGCAUCCGCUUAGGUGGAGCUCAGCCAGAAGAGUUUGUCAAGCAUGUAAUCUCUAAGAACUUGUACAUCCUGAUACGUAGUAUAAAACACAUUCAGACAAACAUUGCUUUCUUACAGGAGACACUGGAGCUGAGUGAUGAAAGGUUUCUGAGCCUAUUGCAGGGACAUGCUGCUGAGAUAUUGGGCCUCUCUAAUGAGUACCUCAAGAGGAACUUCAGAAAUGCUGAGAAAAAUCUUGUAUCACUUGGCUGCCACAUGAAAUGAAAAAAAAAGAAUGAAAGUGACGUUAAAAAACUGAUCGGCAACUAUUCUACAGUUCUCGUUGCCUCUCCAGACAAUUUGAAGAUUAAACUAAACUGUUUGGUUGAAGGGGUACCUAUCACACAGAUAAUAGAGAGGCCAAAGUUAUUGGGGUUUAGUUUUCAGAACAUCAAGAGACGCAUAGCUGACCUUCAUCAGAUUGACUAUUACUUCAAAAAGAAUGGAAUCAGUAUUUUGGACUUAAGUCAAAAACGAUUUGAAGCAAAGAUAGAGCGCCUCUGUACUUUUGUGUGA